AUGAAUCCAAGAUUACAAGAAACAUUAGAUGUAACCACAGCUACCAAUAAAGUUUGCGAUGAAAUUUACGAUAUAUUUGUUGUAAGUGAUCAAACAAUAACCAUUAAAGAUACUACUAGACUUGUGUAUUUAGAACAAGUGAUAAAAAAAACCCUUCGAUUAUACCCUGUAGGACCAUUGCUUUUCAGGGAAAUUCUAGAUGAUCUUAAAAUAUGUGAUGAUUACGUACUGUCAAAAGGAACAACUUGUGUUAUAAGCCCAAUAGGCACACACCAUAGUCCUGAUUUGUACCCAAAUCCUUGGUCUUUUAAUCCUGAAAACUUCAGUCCUGAAAAUGUCACUAAACGUCAUAAAUACAGCUUUAUUCCAUUUAGUGGUGGUCCAAGGGGUUGCAUAGGAAUCAGAUAUGCCAUGUUGUCGAUGAAAGUCACGGUGUCAACAUUCUUGCGACAUUUUAGCGUACAUACAGAUAUCAAAUUAACAGACAUAAAGUUAAAAUUAGGUUUAUUGAUGAGAAGUGUUCAUGGUUAUCCUGUUACGAUUCGACCAAGAGACAAAAUACCAUAUAACAUAUUAUUAUUAUAA